CUCAGCCUUCCGGAAUUGAACCCGGGUUCACUUCACCGCUCCUCUUCUCGAUCCCGCCUCGCAUUAACGACUCGUUCGAAAUCGCAGAAAUCCCUCAAGUUGCUCCAUUGCACGGCUCCAUAAGAACCGUACCUCCCGCCGAGUUCGGCCCUCUUUCUUUUCUUUUUGUCCGAAGAGGCGUCGUCGUCGGCCUCAAUCGAUGUCGGUCUCGGUUCUCCGAGCGAGUCCCGCACGCCGCGACUCCCCCGAGCGUGCGGAACUCAAAUGCUUGUGUGGGGAUGCCCAACUCCCCUGUUAGAGCACAACAGUGGCUGCUUGUGUAAGCUUCUUGUUCCAGAUAAGCAUCACAUGCAAGCUCUCCCACUUGUUCAGUCAACUAUCUUGCAAUAUCUUGAAUUUCUUUAGUUCCAUUCAAUUGCCAAGGCUGCUUCGCCAUAUGUAAUUUCUUCACUUGCUAAUAGCAAUAUAAAUUCUUCCGAAGUCACACAGAGAGAGAGAGAGAGAGAGAUGGAAUCUCCUCCGCCCCAGAAGUUCGCACUCCCGGUGGACUCGGAUCACAAGGCCACCGAGUUCCGCCUCUUCUCCGCCGCGAAGCCCCACAUGCGGGCCUUCCACCUCUCCUGGGUCUCCUUCUUCGCCUGCUUCGUCUCCACCUUCGCCGCCCCGCCCCUCAUUCCCAUCAUCCGCGACAAUCUCAACCUCACCGCCACCGAUAUUGGCAACGCCGGCAUCGCCUCCGUCUCCGGCGCCGUCUUCGCCCGCGUCGCCAUGGGCUCCGCCUGCGACCUCUUCGGCCCCCGCCUCGCCUCCGGUUCCCUCAUACUCCUCACCGCCCCCGCCGUCUUCUGCUUCUCCCUCGCCUCCUCUGCCGCCUCCUUCCUCGUCCUCCGUUUCCUCGUCGGCUUCUCCCUCGCCACUUUCGUCUCCACCCAGUUCUGGAUGAGCUCCAUGUUCUCCCCCAACGUCGUUGGCUGCGCCAACGGCCUGGCCGGCGGGUGGGGCAACCUGGGCGGCGGCGCCACGCAGCUCAUCAUGCCCUAUGUGUUCGCCAUCAUCCGCGACGCCGGCGCCAUCAAGUUCACCGCGUGGAGGAUCGCCUUCUUCAUACCCGCCCUGUUCCAGACCCUGACAGCCUUCGCCGUCAUCCUCUUCGGCCAGGACAUGCCGGACGGCAACUUCAAGGAGCUCGAGAAGGAAGGGGACAAACCCAAGGACCAGUUCUCGAAAGUGCUCUACAAUGGCGUCACCAACUACAGAGGGUGGAUACUGAUGUUGACCUAUGGGUACUGCUUCGGGGUGGAGUUGACCACCGACAACAUCAUCGCCGAGUACUUCUACGACAGGUUCGACCUGAAACUGAGCACGGCGGGGAUGAUCGCGGCGAGCUCCGGGCUGGCGAACCUCUUCUCGAGGCCGAUGGGCGGCGUGAUCUCGGACGUAGUGGGGAAGAGGUUCGGGAUGAGGGGGCGGCUGUGGACGCUGUGGGCGGUGCAGACGGUAGGAGGCGUGUUGUGCGUGGUCCUGGGUCGGGUCGGGUCGUUGGGUGCGUCCAUUGGGGUCAUGAUCGCCUUCUCUAUCUUCUGCCAGGCGGCUUGCGGGCUCACUUUCGGCGUGGUUCCCUUCGUCUCUCGGAGGUCACUGGGGUUGAUCAACGGAAUGACCGGAGCAGGGGGCAACGUCGGAGCCGUCCUGACCCAAGUCAUAUUCUUCCAGGGAUCGAGGUACUCGAAGGAGACGGGGAUAACCCUGAUGGGCAUCAUGAUCAUAUGCUGCACCCUCCCGAUCGCCUUAAUAUACUUCCCGCAGUGGGGCGGCAUGUUCUGCGGCCCCUCGGCGGGGAAGAGCGGGACCGAGGAGGACUACUACUUGUCGGAGUGGAGCACCAAGGAGCAGGAGAGCGGCUUCCAUCAGGCGAGCGCGAAGUUUGCCGACAACAGCCGGAGGGAGAGGGGCCGGCGAUUGGUGGCCGCCGCUCCUAGGAGCCCGGAUGCCGAGGGCCAUCCUUCUGUGCAGGUCUAAGUAAUACUCUCGAGGAAGUCACCCUCGUCACUGUUGUUACACAGAUUUUCAAGCACAUAACUCUAGGUGAUAUAUCUGUCUAAGUAAAUCUCCGAAUUGAAUGGCGGGAAUUUGAAGCAAAUUUGGGAAUUCAUAUAA